GGAUAUAACGGCAGCAUUUUAUUUUAUGGCAAUCGAAGGCCCUUCGUACAGAUUUUAGCCAUCGUUUGUUUACACAAGAUACAUCAUUGCUUUGGGGCUGUAUUGCUGUUAGCAAAAUGGGAAUUGAAGAAGAAGCCGAUCGCACUCUGUUUAUUCGAAAUUUGGACCAAAGAGUGUCCGAGGAAAUAUUGUUUGAAUUGUUUGUACAGGCUGGACCUCUCUGCAAAACCAAGAUUCCCAAAGACAAUGAAGGAAAACAGAAGACGUUCGGCUUCGCUGUGUACCGACAUGAAGUGUCGGUGCCUUACGCCAUGCAGCUGCUUGAUGGGACGACGCUGUUCGGCAAGACGAUCGGUGUUCAGUUUAGAUCAGGAAGCAGCCACAGCAACAGCCCCGGGAAGCAGCAAAACACGAGCCCUGGCAACACUCCCAACCCCCAUGGCCGAAUAACUCCGGUCCAGUGGAAUUCCCCUCCUUACUCCCCUUCUCCUCAAAACCAAAGGACAUUUUCUUCUCCAGACAGCCUGCAGAAGCAUGUUGUGAUGAACAACAUGAUGUUGCAGCUGCACAUGCAGCAGCUUCAGCAGUUGAAUGGGGGGGGCUUAGCCGGCGCUGCACCGAGGAACCAGCCUAGCGCCGGGGCCCCUGGUGGCAUCGGUGGCGGCUCUUGGCAACAGGACAACCCUUCAAAUUGGCAGCGACAGUCGUCCCAGCAGCAGUACAACAACAACAGCGGCGGUGGCGCUAACGACAACAGCAGUACCCACCACAGCCGGAGUCAGCGCUACACAGAGGAGUCCAGCCGUCACCAGCAGAACACUCACAAUAGGGACAACUAUCACCACAACGACCGGCGGACUGGGCGGCACCAUGACAACAGCGGAGGCCGUCCCUACGACAACCACCGGGGUGGACAACGUGGAAAUCAGGAGGGUAGACAUAGACGCUACUGAGAGGCUUCUUUUGUAUUGGAAGGGGGAAAAAAAAGAUUGUCUGUUUCAUUUUAAUUGGGACUUCUUGAACAGGGAGAUCCUGAGUUUUAUUUGGACAAGAUAUGUGUAUUCUCAGGUUGUUUGUAUAUUUUGAUACUAGUUUGAGAAUUGAAGUGUUUACUUUUAAGGUGAUUUUAAAUUCAUACAAUUGUCAACGUAUUCCAUGUGAUUUCCUAAUCCUUGGAGUGGAUGUGUUUGGGGGGAAAACAUUGAUGGGGAAAACAAGGCUAUAUACCCCAAGCCCUAAAAAAAACAAAAAAACAUGCUGUUGGUAUAGAUUUUUUUUUUUAUACUGUUCAAAUGUAUUUUAAUCAUUUUGAUAAUGACAUAUGAUUUUUUUUUUUAUGGACAUUAUGAAAAGGGCAUCUUAAAAUUGUGGGUGUUGUCUUUACAAUACUUCAGGUAUUCCAGCAGAAUCAACCAGCAGCACUUCCCUGACAUUUGCUUAAAUCUUGGUUUAAUUUUUUCUUUCUAUGUUAAUCGACUAUUUGAUUUUUUUUAUAUAAUCCGACUCCUGAUAUUGCAACAUGUUUUAUAAACACUUCCUGUAUAUUACAAAGUUAAUUUCACUACAA